GUCAAAAAUCCAAUAGCUAAAAAGACUUCAGCAUACCCUUGUUAUUAUUUCAGAGCCAUGAUGGAAUCAUUGGAGAUCGACACCAACACGGAUCGAGACAUGUUCUCGGAAGAUGUGUCUGAGGUAUUCACCAAGAGCUUUCAAUUAAAGAAUCGAGCCGCCAUGGGCUUAGAUAACACUUAUAUCCUGGAAAUCUGCCCCAACAGCGAUCAGAGUUUAUUGGCCACAUCCUUGUCCUCCAAUGGAAUUGCAAUCUACGAUUCGGAGAGUCUCGUUCGAAAGCAUUUUUUUCCCAAAUCGCACGAAGGGCAAAUAUCCGGCCUGAAGUUCAGCUGGGAAAAUCCUAACCUCCUGUUUUCGUGUUCAGUAGACCAGAGCAUCAAGCUUUGGGAUCUUCGAUCGUCCAUUGACAAUAACCAGUGUUCCAAGAUGUUCAAGGAUUCCUCUCGGGAGUCCAAUCCCAAGUUGUCCAAGGUGAAACCUUUCACCUCGUUCGAUCUCAGUUGCGACGAUCGGUAUAUUUGCGCGGGUACUGAAAAGGUCUUGGAUGCCUUCCUCCUCUUCUGGGACGUUCGAGGCAAUGACACGGCUCUUUUGGGCGGAUACUGGGACUCGCAUGAAGAUGACAUCACCACGGUGAAGUUCCAUCCGGAAAAUCCCAACCGAUUGGCCUCCAGUGGCACGGAUGGAAUCGUGAACAUAUUCGACAUCAGCCAAUCUUGCGAGGAUGACGCCCUCGACACGUGCCACAAUACUGAGUCAUCAGUCCAAAAGCUGACCUGGUUCCAUAAUAAUAGCAAGCUGGACAGCCUGGCUAUCUUGACCCACACCGAAGAGCUGGCUUUGUGGAACAUCGAUGACCUGGAGCCUUUCAAAAUGUUCUCUCGCGAAGAUCUCUGCAUUGGAUUGAAGCGCAAACUCACGGAAGUCUGCUACUUUGUGGACGUUCAUGACGUCAAGAAAGAAGAUGAAUGCUACGAUCUCAUGAUUGUGGGGGGUUCGUCGUCUCCUGCAAAGCCUUGUUUGAGACUCUUGACUUGGAAGAAGAAUCGAUUGAAACCCUAUGGACAUUUGAAUGGCUACAAAUCCCCUCUAACGAGAAGUAGUGUCCUCAAUAUCAAUGAAGGUCUGGUUUUCACCGGUGGGGAAGACGGCUUGCUAAACUCUUGGUCUGAAGGACCACCCUUGGGUGAUGAGAAGCCGAGUGACAAGACCGUGAUGAAGGUUCAAAAGACAACGAAAGACAGGAGUAAACCGUAUUAAACCAAGACCAUGACGUUUGUACAUUCAGCUUGGCCUUUUUCAUGGGGUCAAAGAGAAAUAACACUUCUUAUUCUGACAACA